AAGUGCCGAUUCGCCACCGUCGUCGCCGAAAGAUGUGGCGCGGCGCUCCAGGCGCUGAGCGGCACGCCCUUCCCCGCCGAGGAUCCCCCUUCUCCUUGCCCCCAGGGGUAUAGACGCUGCCGACGCGGCCGGUGGGGACACAGGCCGGACGGCAGAGGCCGAGCGGAGCUACCGGUGCCAGCACGAGUCGGGCGCCCACGACCCGCCGCCGAGACACGCGCGCGCAGAACAACCACCGAAGAACAACAGCAUGGCUCUUGCUCGGCACGCCGCCGUGCUCGUCGCUCUGGUCCUAGCCGGGGCAUGGACCUCCUUCGUAGACCUGGUGGAGGCGCGCCCGGCUUCGUCGGGAGCGUCCACGUCGUCGUCCAGUUCGUCGACGGUGAGGCUGUGUGGACCUCGACUCGUCGAUCUGGUCUGGAUGCUCUGCAUGGACAGGGGAGGCGUGCACAGCCACAUGGACCGGAGAGCAUUGGGAGCUCCGAGAUCGCGACCGCAGCAGCCUUUCGUGAUCUACAGGCCCUCCCUGCCACGACCAGACGGACAGGAAGACGAAGACUCCGGCUCCAGCGAGCGGGGAACGACGGCCACGUCCAUCGCAGCCAACACGUACCACCACAGCUCCGGGCACUCGAACGGAGGCGGAAUCGUGGACGAGUGCUGCCGCAAGGCAUGCAGCUUCGCCACGCUGGCCAGCUACUGCGCCCGGCCGUCGGCGGGCUCCAGCCUGGACGCCUUCAACAUGCUCCUGGCCUCCCCGGCGGACGAAGCUAGGUCCUCGGAGAGUGCGAUGCAGGGCGACCAGGCGGUCGAGCCCACCACCGAGGCACCGAGUCCGGUCGAGUCCCACGUCCAGCACGCGCAAGAAGUCAACCGGGAACACAACGAGGUGGAACGCACGGGCCCCGCGGCCGAACGCAGCCGCGGCGACGGCGUCUCCACGGGACGCGUGCUCAUCCCCGGCGCCAACUUCCUGAGGUCCCCCGAAGAGGACACGGCGUUCGGCCCCCGGGUUCGGAUCGGGACCUUCAGCAGACACCGGCCCUUCUUCUACGUGGUACAGGCCGCCUUCAACGGGGACACCGAGGAAGCCCUGGAUGCCUAAGGACACGAACGGACGCCGGCCUCGACGCUACCCCCCGAAAACCUUAGGGUGGCGACAAAGAUAAUGUCACGCCACUAUCGCCUAGAAGACAAAACAUGCGCCUCCUUUCCACCCCAAAUGGGGUGAAUUCCUCCCUCCGAACCAACACCACACCAAACGUCAUCACUAGUGGGCCCACGCAGCUUCCGUCAGUGUCGCCGCCAGCGCGUGUUGCAGCGUCUCCCGAUGAAUGCCAUGCUAGCGGGCGGCGACGCCGGGAAGGACGCGCUUUGCGGGGACCCUCGUCCAGCUUGUGCGUUGCCGCUUCUGUAGCGGGUCAGGGAGCCACUAACCAUGACAUCACGCGCGGGCCUUGUCUUCUAGGUGCUGUUGCCUCGACGCUCCCCGAUGCACCUCAGGGUGGCGACAGGGAUACGAGAAGGGUGUCGUACUCCGUUUCACUCUAGGGCCGAGCGCUGCCGAGGAUUCGAUGGAGCGAACCAGGCAGCGCUAAAAGUGCAUCGAUCGUCACCGCGCUCGUCGUCUUUGUGCACUUGCUAUCACAAUUAUGCUGAUCGCGCAAGAAAAAAACACACAAAAAAAAACGUAGUGUCACAGCACAUUUAUUGUGCACUAGUUCAAAUGGUGAUGGUAAACGCACGAAGGCAAGAGUCGUUGCGGUGCACGUUUAGCCUUGCCCGAUUGUCUCCAUCGGUUCGUAGUGUUGGCUGCGCUCAUGGGUAGAGUGAAACGAAGCAUAAGAGUCGAGAGGCUCGUUCUAAAAUCGGGAGAUAGCGCGACAAGGAAACCAUCGGUGAACUCGGUCGUGCGCAUUCGAAAUGCCUCGAGUGUUGGUCUAGUUUUUCGCGGGACAGGAAGUCGAAAUUUCACGAGGCAAAAUAGGCCACCGAACUGCAGGUUUAGUGAAAGCUCGAAACCGCUAGGUAGAUGCGCCUGUAUUUCCGACUGAUUUUAGAUCGAGCCUUUGAUUUCAUAACACCCCAUAGGCUAUACAUGGGGUGUUUGAUUUCAAUUUGGUAAUUCUUUUUGAAGGGCGUAGGAGUAAGACGACUCCCGUCUUGAGAAUGUAUACUCAUACGGCUCGGCGGACAUUAGUUGAGGGAAUAAUCGUCGUGAUAAGUUGACCAAUUAACUCAAAUUUGGUAACUAACUUUUCAAUUAUUUGUUUUAGGGGUCAUGUUGCAAUUGCAGCAUUCACGGGAAGUAUACGAUUAGAGGCCAGACCAAUUAAAAUAUUUUUUUAGAGAUGCGAGCAUUUAGAUAUUAAUCUUAAGUUGUCAUUGUUGUUUUUUAGCAAGAUUUCAAAAUAGCGCGUAAAGAGCAUCCUAGCCUAUGACCACAAUGACGCAUGAAUGAUGCAGUCUGUUCAAUCAUGUCGUCACAAUCUCGGCAAAAUGUCCUUGGUGGGUACGCUGACGACGCAGGUGACGACAUGACUGAAACGACCACGUCACUCUUCUAAGCGCCAUUUUGCCAGGGCUUGCGGCGCUUUUUCUGUGUGCAAUUUUUAAAUCAGAUUAAAAAGCGUGGAACUUUAUAUAUUUAUAAACAUUACAUAUUUGCAAAUUCUUUUAAUAACUUCUAAUAUGAACUUCCAUAAAUAUUGCAAUUGCAACACAUGGCCCCUAAACCAAUAAAUAAAAAGUUGAUUAGCAGAUUUUAUUUAAUUGGCUAACUUACCACAACGACGAUUGUCUCGCCCUUGUUCAAAAAUCUGUUCGAGUUAAUAUCAAACACAUUACAUGUUCUACUAGGUAAUUUUCAGAGCACCGCGGUCUAAUCAAAAUUGAGCCGCUAUGUAGUUGUCUCGACUUGCAUCGUGCCGCCCUUUGAAUCUUGCUCAACUAAAAAGAGCGUUAACGAAAACUCAAAAAUGACGAAAUAUGAACAAAAUCCACCGAGGUGCUUUGAAUAUGUAAUUUUUCCUCUGGGUUUUCACAGUGCUGAAAGUCAACCAGUUCGCCUGUGUCCUUUCUACGCAUCGACAGGUCUUAAGUUACCGGUGAAGUGUUUUCUGUUGUAGCAACCAAGCUCAAAAAUCCGCGAUGAGUCGUCUAACUCACAUUGCGGGGGCAAAGGGAGAUUGAUUGUGGUGCUCUGUAAAUUACCAAGCGUCUCUAAGUCAUCACAUCUCUAGGCCACGUUCGAUUAUGAAACUCCCGCAGGCUCUAUCCAGGGCCUCCAGAAAAAUGGCUUGCUGACCGGGCGCCUGUCGUCGAAAGUGCCGACAUAGGCAGUAACCCGUCAACCUGUCGAGUCACAACUUCACACCACACUGGAGCUGCCACGGGGUUCAAUAGACGGACGUGCCUUGCAAAAUUCUCGAGGAAUGAAAACUCGAGUGUUGACAAGCCUAGUUCUUCAAUUUGUCGUGAGCAGCCCAACCUAAACACAUGUGGCAUUACACUGGAUAUUUGACUUGGUGAGGACUUGUGAUCAGUAGCAAUUCAACACAUAGCACGAAAGGUGUCAAUGCAGGACAUCGAACCCAAUCACAUCUCACUUGUUAUUAGAAACGCCAAGUCAGCGCGCAAAGAGGCUCAUCCUGCUUACCUACAUUUUUUGUCACGGUACACCGCUCUUUGGUCUUCUGCAUCAAGUGACCAUGUUGAUUUAGAAGUUUGGUUGUUUUGCCGCAGAUGAGUACCACCCGAGUGUCAUCACCACAAUCAUAGUCAAUAAUAUUCUAGAAGAAUGGACAGCUCUGGCUCUGCAUUGAUGCCGCCAUUGCUUCUCUUCACCCAACAUGUAUUUGUUAGUUUUCAUUUGUUUGUUUGCCAUCGUCACCAUCACACUACCAUCAGCCAAUAGCAACUGGCCAGUGAUCAAUGUCCCGAUUUGAAAAGGAGCAUUGACGGCACUUUUUGAUGCACACUGGAAUAAUUUUACCUUGCAUAGAAUGCGUGCGGUGCAGGAAAAGCCCUCUGACAUGUACAGCAUAAGUAGGAAUCAAAACGCCCUUAAUUUUGCUUUUUGAAGAGAGAAAAAUUAUUGCGAUUUAAAACACAUUGUCUUAUUACUCGUUCACGAACAGUUGAAGCACAGUGCAGUGAUAAAUUCUGCACUUUCAUCACCAAGUACCGAUACAGAGUUCCAGAAAACUAAACAAGCAAAUGGCACUUAAGAACCAGUUGCCCCACAAAACUUUCUCGUCAACCAAACCAUUGCUGUUGCACACAUCGUUGCCACCUCAGGCCAAGGGAAGCGUCGAGGCCACAGGAGUACCGCGAGAGAUCUACCUCCACCUUUGCCAAACCCUUUCCCUUGCAUUCCUUUUUCUCUCUCCCAGCCCAAUCCAACGUGUUAUUUAUUCGGGCCCACACGCCACCUCCUUUCUCAUGCUACAUCCCACCGAACUAAUCAUGCACACGUCGUACGCGAGACGGGCAACGCAAAACAUUCGGAAGUGAAAAACGAUGCAGCAGGAUUCGAGGGCGGGACGUUGCAGGUCGCCAUAUCGAGUUUAUCUGUAGAAUACUCAGCCCUUCUCCUUAUAGGCCCUGGGUAGUGAACAGGGGCGCUGCAAUCGGCUGCCGGUCAGCGUGUCUGGUGGACAAAAAGGGCAACUCUGGGUAGCAGUUCCCGCCACGAAACGACUGGACACAAACGCUGCGUACAGGUUCGGCAGGGCACUUGAAGCAGCAAAAUAAGCGACUCAAAUUAGGUGCAAUUCUUAAAUCGAAAGAAUAAAGCAUGUGUUCAGCUUGAUUUUGAGCCAUCGAACUACCACGGGUCUAUCCCACACCUCUGCUAUUCAAGCAGAACUAGGGAUGUCGGAAACCUGCUACAAAGCCCUCAACCCCCUACAUAGGCUAAACAGCAGAGGCAUUGGAACAAUUGACAUAAAAAAGAAGGAAUUAAGUGCAAGUACCAAGCAGACAAUGACAAAUAAAUCGUGAAGUAAAAAAAUUACAAAAAACACUGCUUCUUUACUAUCAACAUUUACGAAAUAUUAAGUUCUGAUAUUUUUAAUAAAUCCAAAUUAUUGUCAUAUAAUUGGCUAAGUAAUUUAGGCAGCAUAUAUCUAAUCAUCUGAGAGCCGUAAUUCAUUCUUGGCGCGACUAUCUACCAACGUUCCGUGUGACGAGUGGGGUCGGCGUGUUUGAAACAAUUUACAAACCUAGAAACACUGCCCAAGAAGUUGAACUUUCUCAAACUUGAGCAGUUCAAAUGAUUACUGAAUGAACCAAACCUUGAGGUUUGACAAAUGUUAACGACAUACCUUAAAGUACAUUAGGUUGCCACACACAAGUCCCACGGUUCAUUUGAGUGUAAUUAAGCUACAUGUCACUUUCUUAAAGGGACACUCAAGUAGAUUCUAAGAUUACCUAUUUAUGGUGAUAAGUCAAUCUACAUCCCGAAAACCCGAAAUUCCACACAUGGGCGGCCGAUAUCUCUAUUAAAAAUUUAGUCGUGACAAGCCCCUUUAUGUUUCUUCGAGUGAACACCAGGGGGCGUCCUUAGACGGCGUUUUCAAGCAAUUGCUGUAUUACGUCUCAUACACCCAAGAUUUAAAGUCUUUUGACAAAAAAAAAUCCACAAUGCGCCUAAAAAAAGCAAUAUAUAUAUAUAUCUAUUUUUUUUUUUUUUUAAUGGAGGUGGUGGGCUAUAUGUUACUUCAAGAGAAAAUAGUGCCCGUGUAUUUCUAUUGCUGCGACUUUACAUUGCCAUCUAGAACUAAACAUAUUAUUGACUAAAUCCCGACAAUGUGCCAUCGAAAACAAACGAGCAAGUACUUAAAUUGGCAGCCACUGCUAGGGCUGGCACUAAUAACUAAUAACCCUGUGAUAAUGACUCGAUAUAUGGCAGCUAUUAAGAUUUGCACUGAGUGCCAGGCAGUGUACCAAAGGUUUUUAAAUGGUGCCCUAGAGGUCCUCAAUUUCAUCAUUUUAGAACUAACUUUAUCUACUCGCUUCAGAUUCUAGAAAUUCCCGAAUUACCCACAUGUGCAUGCUUCUCCUAUAUGUCAAAAGUGCAAUCGAAGAUUUAGCACCUAGCAGAGAGCGGAAGACUAAUGAUCACUUUUUGCUUUUUGCACGGUUCACAUGUGCUUGUAUAACCAAUGGCAAAUGCCGACAUCACCGACAAAAAUUAAAGAGCUAAGUUGUACAUAAUGUGAAAAAGAGAGGCAUAUAAAUCUUUUUCAAUAGCGUUUUCGCUAAUUAUAUAUUAUUUGAAUAAGCGGAGAGCGUACAUAAAGCUAGUGUCUCAAAAAACAGUCCCACACCUCUUUAGCACAUCUUUAACACCAACAGCAGUUACUAAUCACUACCUGGCCACCUUCAUCAAAAAGCAAAGCAAUCCUAUGUUUACGUUUCAAAUAGGCCUUUUAGCAAGCUCCGAGAAGAAAUAGGACCACCGUAAAAUCCGGAGAUGACCCACCCCCGAAAGAUAGCCCACCCCUAUUUUUAGCUUGAUUUGCUACAUUUUUUAAACAGCGAAAGAUUGCCCACUCCUAGCAAUAGUAGUGUUGGGAUCAAUGAUGGCCUCGGCGUAAAUGCGGCUAGUUCGCUAUGGCGAGAUGUAAGCAAACGUUGCUGACUGGGAAGUAGUUAUCUUUGCUUCGUUGCCCCUCGCCACCAUAACACGGUUGGAAAAGACGCGACCUAAAAUAGCAAUUUUUUAAAAACUUUUCUUGAUUGUACAUUGAAAGUUAAAUCACUCCAUAUUUUCAGCCCAUUUGCUCUUGAUGUUAGGUGGGCUAUCUCUAGGGAUUUUAAAGUAGAUAAAACAUAUAAAGUCAGUCUGCGACCUAAGGAAGCGAUGUCAUGGGCAAACUCUGGUAAAUCCAGAUGAAACAGAUUGUCGAACAUCGCAAUGUUGUUAGACGUGAGCAAACCCUGCGCACCACACAUGAAGCGCCGAUGAUGUGGCACGAGCUCGUGUCGGAAACUGAAAACGAAUGUCACACUACCCAAGUAAUUCUCUAGCUCCAAUGACAUUGCAAUUGUUGAAAUGCUACCAGGGACGAAAACGUCUGUCGAAAUGUGCAAUACGUCUUUCUGCCGCCUGUUCUCAUGCCAUAACGUAGCCAUCCCCUUCACGUCCACACUGUCCCAAAGCAAUUGAAGCUGCUCCAUGUUUGUUUCCGCCGUGGUUUCUGUAAGCCCACCAAAUGUACACCAAGUCUACAAUAUGUGCAAAUGUAUAAAGUGAUUCUGUUGUAAAAUAAACAAUUUUUUCUUGUUUUGCA